AUGGGUAGAGAUUUACUUUGCAAACUUAGAGCACAGAUAUUUUUUGAUGAAAAGGGAUCCGUAGGAGUGAAAUAUGGCAAUGUGAAUUUAGAGAUGCCUAAGGAAGAGGCUUGGAGAAUCAUGGUGGUGCAGGAAGUCUCAGGAGACAAAUGGAGGGAGUUCCAGGUUCCUGGGCUGUGGGCGGAAGAUAACCCCCCUGGUUUUGCUGCUCACCACACCCCUAUCAUUGUUGAGGAACUACCAAUGAGCCCUCCUGUAUGCAUCCGCCAGAGGGGGUACCCAAGAGAAAUUGUGCAGGCUAUUCAGGAAGUCAUACAACUGUAUCUGACUUAUAAGAUUCUAGUGCCCACUGACUCCCCAUGGAAUUCACCGAUUCUGCCUAUACCAAAAGGGGAAGGGAAAUAUCGAAUGGCUCAGGAUCUUCGUCGGGUCAACAGUUCAACAGUCACAAUUUAUCCCACGUUGCCAAAUCCUUAUGUGUUACUUGGGUUAAUUCCACCAGAAGCUAAAUGGUUUUCAGUUAUUGAUUUAAAAGAUGCCUUCUUUUCUAUACCCAUUCAUAAAAAAAGCCAGCACUUGUUUGCCUUUGAAUGGGAAAAUCCGACAACAGGAAGGAAACAGCAGUAUACUUGGACACGCCUUCCACAAGAAUAUAAAAAUUCCCCAACGCAUUUUAGCGCGGCGUUAGCUACGGACUUGGAAAUUCUAGAUUUACCCCCUCCUGAUGUUGUGUUACAAUAUGUGGAUGAUCUUUUGGUAACAGGGCAAACAGAAGGGGACUGUCAUGCCAAUACAGAAGCCCUGUUACUUCUGUUACAAGAAAAAGGCUAUAAAGCUUCUAGGGCCAAAGCACAAUUGGUCCAGUUGAAUGUUAGGUAUUUGGGAUAUGAUAUCCAGCAGGGGCAAAGAACUUUGGGACAUGAAAGGAAGGAAGCCAUUUGUCAAUUACCAGCCCCAAGAAAUAGGAAGGAAUUGAGAGGCUUUUUAGGAGCAGCAGGAUUUUGCCGCAUUUGGAUUCCUAACUUCGCCUUGUUAGCAAAGCCACUUUAUGAAGCUACAAAAGGGAAUGAAAAGGAACCUUUGCGAUGGGAAAAAGAGGAACAGAAAAGUUUUUUGAACUUAAAACAUGCUUUGACUCAAGCCCCAAGUCUGGGACUGCCUAAUUUAGACAAACCUUUUCAUUUAUUUGUGGACACUAAACAGAAUAUGGCUGUGGGGGUGUUAACUCAGAAGAUGGGAACGUGGUAUCGACCAGUUGCAUAUUUGUCAAAACAAUUGGAUCAGGUAGCAAAAGGGUGGCCCUCUUGUCUUAAGGCUGUAGCAGGCACGGCUUUACUUACUCAGGAAGCAAAUAAACUUACUUUUGGACAGCAGUUGAAUAUCUACACCCCCCAUGCUCUUCGGGCCGUUCUGGAUCAGAAGGGCCAUUUGUGGCUUACCAAUCCACGUAUGUUGAAGUAUCAGGGGCUUAUUACACAUAACCCCCUCAUCAAGCUUGUUCAGUCAUAUGCUUUGAAUCCUGCCACUCUGUUGCCUGAACCAGACUCUGAGAUCUCUCAUGAUUGUUUGCAAACUAUUGAGGAAACCUAUGCUAGUCGCCCAGAUUUGAAAGAUGAACCCUUUUCCGACCCGGAUGCAACUUUUUUUACCGAUGGAACCAGUUUUAUCCAUGAAGGUGUAAGGAAAGCAGCUUAUGCCAUAGUUACUCUUGAUGAUGUAUGGGAAGCCAAGCCCUUACCUGCAGGAACUAGUGCCCAGUUGGCAGAAUUACAUGCACUCACUAGGGCGUUGGAAUUAGCAAAAGGUCUACGUGUCAACAUUUAUACAGACUCCAAAUAUGCCUUUCUUACAGUUCAAGUGCAUGGAGCUUUGUAUAAAGAAAGAGGUCUUAUUACAGCAGGAGGAAAGGACAUUAAAUAUGGACCCCAAAUUUUGCGUCUAUUGGACAGUGUGUGGGCCCCCAAACAAGUUGCCAUUAUGCAUGUACGAGGUCAUCAGAAGGGGAUUUCAACAGCUGAAAGAGGAAACCACAAAGCUGAUCAGGUGGCAAGGGCAGCAGCUUUGGAUCCAUUCUCCCUGCAAGCUAACUGCCUUACUUUGUGGAUCCCGAACCAAGAGGAUGAACCCCCCUCAUAUAGCCACUCGGAAGUCCAGCAAGCUGAAGCUAUAGGGGCAGAACUAGUAAAUGGGUGGUGGACUCUGCCGGACAACCGGGUGUUUGUACCUCAGCAGACUCUGUCCAGCCUCUACACCCUGCCAAAAGGAGAAGACGAAGGAAGGACGCCACCUCGCCUGCUGAUUCACGGGAAGCAAUCGCUCUACGGCCAGGUGGUGAAGACCCCUCUGCAGGUGUCGCUCCAGGUGCUGGGAAUUCCAGUGUAUGACUCAGUCGAUCCCAUUCGUCAGAAAAGAGAAGUGAACACAGCCUUCUCUAACUUUCCUUGCAAGGAACUUACUGAAUAUGAGAAAUCAGAUACAUGGAGUUCAGAGAGAAUUGUAUGCACGUAUGGAAGGGCCACAUGGGCUGAAGAUGGGUCGUGGGGUUACCGCACCCCGAUUUACAUGAUAAACAGAAUCAUGCGAUUACAGGCAGUGUUGGACCUGGCUGGGGAGAGAAUUGACAAAUCCUUGAAUAUUCUCUCCACUGCCAUGGACAAACUUCGUACUGCAGUAUACCAAAAUCGAUUGGCUCUCGAUUACCUCCUCGCAAGAGAAGGAGGAGUAUGUGGGAAGUUCAACUUAUCAAAUUGUUGCCUUCAAAUUGAUGAAACUGGGAGUGUCAUUAAACAGCUGACCACGGAAAUGGGACAGCUCACUCAUUUCCCAGGACAAGAAUGGAAAGGAUUGAAUCUCGCCUCAUAUUUUAGCUCUUGGUUGUCAAAAUUGCCCGGAUGGCAGGCUAUCAUUACUUUUAUUGGCCUGAUUGCAGCAGGAUGUAUAAUCAUUCCCUGCAUUAUGCCACUUUUUGUCCGUGCUAUCAGCAGUACUUUAUCUCUCCUGGUGGAAAAACGGGCCACUGCCAAGGUCCUGACACUUAUGGGACACACAGGAGAGGAACAUGAGUAUGUGGGGCUCAUAGGCAAUAGGGAGCCUGAUACUUAUGAAACUCCACAAUAA